UAUGGCCCGAAAUAAUUCUUGUUUUUCUAGAUUGGUGAAGUAGGUGUGCUCUUCCUGAGGCUCUGUGGAAGUGCAAGGUGCGUAAGAUCGAUGCAACUUACAAUAAAUUAUGUCAGAAAUUUUUGAAGGAGCUAAAAGUGAGCUACAAUCUGCAUCUUUGAAAGUGACUGAUUAUCUGAGGAUUAUAGUGAGACAUCUUAAAACAGACCAACUUUAAAAAAAAAUAGAAGGAUCUAAAUCUCAGUUAUCGAAUCUGCAAACUAUAAUGACACCUGAGAUCUCUAUAUUGGAUAGGGCUUUUUUUUCCUACCUCUUUUUUUUUAACAGAGGUUACUUUAACUUUUUUUUUUCCAUCAGAAGGAGGGUCCUGUUCAGCUGAACAGAUACAUGAGGAAUUACUCUUUCAUAUAUUGGAGUGUCCGGGUAACUGUCACGGAGCUUUUCUCCCAGGUGUUUGUCCUGGACUAGCCAGGUGUCACCAAAUCUGACACUCAGACUGAAGCCCACAGGACUUACCUUGCACGGCUGUCAUGCAGAGUGACAAGAAUUCUCUCGGAUCAAGAAAACCCGAAGGACUCUGGGGUAUCGUCUUCGCAUUUUUGGUUUUGUUUGUUUCAGAUGUUGCCCUUGAGACCUCACAGAAAAGUUGAUUCUGACAGUGCUGAUGCUCCUAGUUUACUUGUUUUAUCUUGUAAUCUUUAGGAUUUCACAUCAAUUGUUGUUUCUCUGGAUCUUGCUAUUUAAGUAUCAGGUGCUGAUACAUAUUUGAUUCUUGGGAACUCUUUCUUUCUGUAUUUUAGAGAUACAUUUUACAAUACGUGUACUUCUCUUAAGGCUUCCAAUUUAACAACUGGAGUGAUUAGGAAAUCCAAAUGGUGCCAUACUGACUCAUUGCUACCCUGCUUUUGCUGGCCCAGUGAAGGCACCAUGGCUUUUCUUCCCUACCUGCUAACCCAGCUCUUUGUAACCGCUAUACAGAAGCAUGCUUGAUGAAGUAUUUGCUCUCUAUUAUGAAGUUAUAUUAAUAAUAAGACAUUUAAUAUCCCCUUAAACUAUAGGUAUUCAUAGGGUUACGAAUAAAAUAGAAAAAUGAGCUAAAUUAUCAUGAACUGUUCUUGUGUGAUGGUUUAGAGGGAUUUACAUUGUGAACAGGCCUCCUACACAGAAAGCUGCUCCUCUGCCUUCUGAACCUUUCCCAUUAGAGGAUCAGAAGAACAACAGGAGAGGCCUGGUACCAAAUUAAUUUCCUAUUAAUCUGACCCUUGCAGUCCUAAGCAACUGGUGCUAGGACUGUGCUUCAGUCUUGUCAUCUGUAUAUAUCUAAGCCUGGCUGUAAGGGGCUUGAGACGUUAAUCUGGCCAGUUGGAAGGGCCCAGGAGGGGUCCAGCUUACGGAUACUGCCAGAAAUUUGGAAGGACUCCAGUGGUGCCAGGUCGUCCUUUAGCACUUUAGACAACAAAGGCAUGACUAAUUCCAGAUGUUCUAGGCAGCCAGAAUCAGAGUUCAGCCAUGAGGUUUUGUUAAAGGAGGAGGACUGGAGGAGCCAUGCUCUAUUUUUUGAAGUUCUAAACUUGAAAUAGCAAUUAACUGACUUAAACUCAGCUGUUGUCUUAUGGGUGCUAGUUGAUUUACAGCUAGCAGCCUGGCCAAACUGCAGUCAAGUAGCUAAAUAACUAAUUCCUGAAAGCAUCCAUGCAACAUUACUAGAGAAUGGAAUGGAAUGGAAUGGAAUGGAAUGGAAUGGUCCAGUUGGAAGGGGCCUAUAAUGAUCAUCUGGCUGGCCAAAAGUUGAAGCACAUUGUUAAGGGCAUUGUCCAAAUGUCUCUUAAAUACUUGACAGGCUCAGGGCACUGACCACCUCUCUAGGAAGCCUGUUCUAGUGUUUGACCACUCUCGGUAAAGAAAUGCUUCCCAAUGUCCAGUCUAAACUUCCCUUGGUGGAGCUUUGAGCCAUUCCCACACAUCCUGCCACUGGAUCUCAGGGAGCGGAGCUCAGCACCCCCUCUGCACGUCUCCUCCUCAGGAAGGUGCAGAGAGCAGUGAGGUUGCCUUCAGCCUGUCUGGAGGAUGCAUUCAGUUGUGUUGGUGUGUGCAAGAUGGUAAAGACAUGUAUGUGGGGAUUCAUGGUGGUACACAGCUGUUCUUACUCUGGUAGCUGGGUGGGAACUGGCACUCAGCAAAGCACAGCAGCACUAAAUGGCUUCUAUCAAAAAAAAAGUAUUACAGGCAGCUGCAGGCUAAUGAGAAAUGAUGAAGAAUGAGUGUUGCUCUGUGAAAGCUACUCUAAAAGUCACAGCAGCUUUUAACAGAGCUAUUGUCGGAAGCAUUUUUAGUCAUCCUGGGAGAAAGCCUUCCUGGGCCUUCUCUAAAAACCUUAAAAAAUAUCAAACUACUUCAGCUAUUUCAUAGCAAUUGCUAUUAUAUGUCAGGAGAUGUGCACUUAGUACAUGCUGUACCACCUGUGGAGUGUACUAGCUGCACUGCUCUAAAAGCCUGGGUUUCUUGUUCUGGCUUGAUGACAUUCAUGAGAACGCUGAGAAUGUGACAAAAAAAAAAGUGACCAUCAGCUUUGUCAGGUAAAGUGCUUUGCUUGAAUGUACUUUUGCUUCAUGAGCCCCAGUAGAGAAUAUGUAGAAUUCAAAAUGAGGGUUUCCUUACACAGCCCUGCCUUGUCCCUGUGAGUUGGUGUGUAGCUGUUUUUAUAAGUCUAGAGGUGGUGCUAAAGCAGAAACAACCUCGGUGGUGCCUCAGGCAUUUUGCAAUUUCCUGGUCUGAGUUAUUUUGCAAGUGUAGAGGCGGUGUGAAGAGAGAGGUAGGCUUUUUUUUCCCGUAGUCAUUAUGAGGUGACGUGUGCCAAGGUAAGCAAGAUAAAUUGUUGAACAAAGUGCACCUGCAAUUGAAUGCUGCCGAUUUUCACUGAAGAGCAGGCUGGAAAGAGCACACUUGCAGAAGCCUUGAUUGGGGUUUCUGGAGGCUGGAAAAAGCACAAAUCCCAAAAUUUUCACUAUGAAGAUCUCCAGAAAUGUCUUCUAUCUUCUCUUCUUUCAUGCUGCUCUCAGCCUGGAACGUGUCCGGUGGUGCACUGUCUCUGAGCAAGAACUUUCCAAAUGUAAUGACAUGAGUAAGGCCUUUGGGGGGGCUGGCAUCCUUCCUGCUCUGGAGUGUACGCAGGGAGGGUCAGCUGCUAACUGUACCCGGAUGAUCAAGGAUGAUUUGGCAGAUGCAGUGACACUGGAUGGUCAUUUGAUUUACCAGGCCGGAAAGGAGCAUGGUCUGAAACCUGUGGUUGGGGAAGUGUAUGAUCAAGAGAUUGGAACUUCCUACUAUGCUGUGGCUGUGGUGAGGAAGAACUCCAAUAUCACCAUCAACAGCCUGAAGGGUGUCACUUCAUGUCACACAGGCAUCAACAGAACUGCAGGCUGGGAUGUGCCGGUGGGUUAUCUGAUAGACAGCGGGCGCCUGGCAGCAAUGGGAUGUGACCUCCCAAAAGCUGUAAGUGACUAUUUCAGUGCAAGCUGUGUUCCUGGAGCAAAUGGUGUAAAUUAUCCCAAAUCCCUCUGUCAGCUCUGCAAAGGGGAUUCAGGUGGGCAGAACAAAUGUGAACGGAAUUCCCAAGAGCAAUACUAUGACUACAGUGGGGCUUUCAGGUGUUUGGCUGAAGGUGCUGGAGAAGUCGCUUUUGUGAAGCACAGCACAGUGCCUGAAAACACAGAUGGAAGAAGUCUUUCUUCAUGGGCCCAGAAGCUUCGCUCCCAGGACUUCCAGCUCCUGUGCCGUAAUGGCAGUACAGCUGAUGUGACAGAGUGGAGAACCUGCCACCUGGCCCGAGUCCCAGCUCGUGCCGUGGUUGUGCGGCCUGAGACAGAUGGGACAGCUGUCUUCCAGCUUCUGAACCAGGGACAACAAAGAUUUAGUGGGGUAGGCACCAGAUUUCAGAUGUUUGACUCCGCAGCCUAUGGUGCCCAGAAUCUCCUGUUCAGAGACUCCACCACAGAGCUCGUUGCAAUCACAGAUCAGGAUUACCAGGCAUGGCUGGGUGAUGAGUAUCUUCAUGCUAUGCAAGCUCUAAGCUGUGACCCCAACACAUUGCCAGAAAGCCUGAACUGGUGUGUUGUAUCCACUGAGGAGAUUUGGAAAUGUGGUGAAAUGGCAAUUGCCUUUAAGAAACAGAGUUUGAAACCAGAAAUUCAGUGUAUUUCAGCCAAGACAAAGGAAGAGUGCAUGGAGCUGAUCCAGAAAAAGGAAAGUGAUGCUGUAGUUGUGGGCAGAGCUGAUAUUUACACAGCCGGGAAGACUUAUGGACUUGUACCAGCUGCUGGAGAAAGUUACUCUGCUGAUGACAACAGCAAUGCAUACUAUGCUGUGGUGUUAGUGAAACGAAAUCUGUCCAAUGCAUUCACCAUCAGUGACCUGAAAGGCAAGAAGUCCUGCCACACAGGGCUGGGGAGAACUGCUGGAUGGACUAUCCCCAUUGGUAUGCUCAUUAAGAGGGGCAUUAUUAAGACCAGAGACUGUAAUAUUCCUCAAGCUGUGAGUGAGUUUUUCUCUGCCAGCUGUGUGCCUUCAGCUAAGCAGGAGAAUUACCCAUCCAAACUCUGUCAGCUCUGUAUUGGAGAUGAUAGGGGAAACAAUAAAUGCAGUGCAAGUAGCCAAGAACGUUAUUACAGCUACAGUGGAGCCUUCAGGUGCCUGGCAGAGAACUCUGGAGAUGUGGCGUUUGUGAAGCACUCAACAGUGUUUGAGAACACAGAUGGUAAGAAUACUGAUAGUUGGGCCCAAAACUUGAAGUCCAGUGACUUCCAGUUACUGUGUCCAAAUGGUGCCCGUGCUGAAGUCACCCAGUUUGCUGAGUGUCACCUUGCUCAAGUGCCAGCUCAGGCCAUUAUGGUUCACCCAGAUACCAGCGUUUUUGCUCUAUAUGGACUACUGGACAAAGCCCAGGUCUACUUCGGAAACAACAGCAAUGGAAAUGGAUUCAAAAUGUUUGAUUCUUCAGCUUUUCAAGGAAAAGAUUUGAUUUUUAAGGAUUCUGCUGUUGCGAUUGUGCCAGUAGAAGAGAGGAGGACAUAUGCAGAAUGGCUGGGAAGUGAAUAUAUUGAGUCCCUUGAAGGGAUGCAAACACCACAGUGCUCUGGGGCAAGUAAUAAGAUAAGACAAUACCUACUCAUGACAACAGUCAUUCCCGUUUUUAUUUUAUGUCAGAUACAAGGCUUGGACUAGUAUGGCCCAAAUGGCAACUUCCAGGCCACCUCUGCCCUACCACCUUUUCUUCAGAUAAGCUGUUUUGAUAACCUGCUGUGUUAACCUCUGAAUGCCUCUUCCUGCCUCUUUGCAGGGCAAGUGCUAACAGCACCUGCCCAUCAGGGGACUGUGGUGGGGCUGGAAGCUGCCCCUGUCCACAUGGAUGGGGUGGAAUUCGGGGCAGAAGCCGGCAAUAUGGUGUCAGCAUGGUUUACAAGAUCAGUCCAGAACUGGAGAGCAUCUUUGCCAUUGUUGCUGAUGUUGAACCACCCUGAGCUGGAGGAUUGCCAGGUACUGUUUGCUGGAUACUGGGUUUCUGACCUGUGGAAGAAUUUCUGCAUUUUGGAAUGCAGUAUCAAAGAUCUUGUCUAGUGAAUCAUCUCUGGCCUCCUGGCUGGUUAUGUUCGGACUCCUACAUCCCUGCUUAUCCCAUCCUACCCUUGCUGGGGUAACAUUUUCUCCUGAGCUCUGCUGCCAGUAGAGGUAAGUGCACAGAGGACAGAUAGGCUGUGGACAGAUGACCAGCAGUCCAGAAUACAGUUUCUGCCAUGGGUAAGGUCCUCCACCUUCCAGUAGAAGAAAGGCGGAAUCUUCAUAGUCACUGGAUGAAAAAGAGACCAGAAAGACUUGGAGAGACUGUUUGUUGGCAGAGGAAAGAAUGAAGCCAAACGUGUGGAUCCACUGCGCUUGUUGACUUUCCACAACCGGUGCUCUCACUGCCUGAGAUGUCAUCUGCCCUGUGAUAAUUAAUUUGAUGCAGUCUCCACCAAGAAACUUGUGGGUGUUGUCCUUCCACAUGGAGUUACUCCAGUGCAUGUGCAUGAAACUUGUAUUUGCUGUUAGUGAAACAAAGUAGUUCACUUCUGAUUAACUGUUUCUGUAUCUACUGGCUUAUAGCAUUCCAUUUUUAUUUCUAUCCAUAGCUGCAAUAACAACAAAUAUUGCUGUGCUGCUGGCUGGCAGCAUCCUCCUGACUAUAUCUACCACCUCAUGAUCUUAGGAUAAAGAGAUGUUCAACAUAAUAAAAAAAAACAAACUGGCAAAACCAGCUAAUAAUAAUGUAAAUAAAUGAAAACUAACAAAUGAA